AUGGACUGUGCUGGGAACCUCAGGGGGACGGCCUUCCAACAGGGAAGAGCUUCUCCUGUACUGAGUGCGGGAAAGGUUUCCAUUAUAAAUCCCAACUUAAUAGGCAUAAAAGAUGUCACACGGGGGAGAAGCCGUAUUCCUGUCCAGAGUGUGGGAAAUGUUUUUCACAUAAGUGCCAUCUUGACAUACAUCAGAGAACUCACACGGGGGAGAAGCCAUAUUCCUGCCCUGAGUGCGGGAAAUGUUUUUCACAGAAGUCCAGUCUUUACAAACAUCAGAGAUCUCACACAGGAGAGAAGUUCUAUUCCUGUCCUGAGUGCGGGAAAUGUUUUUCACAUAAGUCACAUCUUGACACACAUCAGAGAUCGCACACAGGGGAGAAACCGUAUUCCUGUUCUGAGUGCACAAAAUGUUUUUCACAGACGUCCAGUCUCUACAAACAUCAGAGAAUGCACACGGGGGAGAAACCGUAUUCCUGUCCUGUGUGUGGGAAAUGUUUUUCAUGGAAGUUCCAUCUUUCCAGGCAUCAGAGAUCUCACACGGGGGAGAAGCCGUAUUCCCGUCCUGAGUGUGGGAAACAUUUUGCACAGAAGUACCAACUUUACACACAUCAGAGAAUGCACACAGGGGAGAAGCCGUAUUCUUGUCCUGAGUGCGGGAAAUGUUUUGCACAAAAAACAGAUCUUGUCACACAUGAAAGGUCUCACACGGGUGAGAAGCCGUAUUCCUGUCCUGAAUGCGGGAAAUGUUUUUUUAGAAAGUCCCAUCUUUCCAUACAUCAGAGAUCUCACAUGGGGGAGAAACCGUAUUCCUGUCCUGAGUGUGGAAAAUGUUUUUCACAGAACUCCUAGCUUUACAAACAUCAGAGAUUGCACACGGGAGAAGCUGCUUUCUACUGCUUAG